AUGGUUCACGCGCCUCUUACCAUCGACAAGGGUUACACUAUCACACCCUUAAAUUCCCCACCAGUUCCUUUGGUAUCGCCCAGCAAAAACCCUCCUUCGCCUUCCACCAAGUCGCCUCGCCACCCCGUCAAUCAGCAUUGGGUUCAGGCACAGCAGCGAAAAAUAUUCAUCCAACAUUUGAAACAAUGGUCCAUGGGCCACGAUUCAAGCGCGCAUUUCCAGGGGAAACUCAGUUUGCUGCCUCCUGAUCCACGUAGGAGAGAGGAUUUGGAUUUGGGUAAGAGCGUGCAGUGCGUGCUUACGGAUUCGAGCUUCAAGGAUUGUAGGAAGAAGAUUGUUGUCAGGCUUUUCAGUCCGCAAAUGGGUAAGAGGAAGAGUAAGAAAUCUAGUAUGAUCAGGCCGACGCAAAGGGGUGAUAUGGACCCUUUCGAAAAUAGAGAAGUGUUUACAGAGUGGGAAGAGGGUACCUGUCCAUUCACAUUCGCUGAAGACGACAUGGCCCAGCCAACUUCGCAGGUCAAAUCCAUUUCCCCGAGCAACUAUUAUAAACUCGUUGUCCGCUGCGGUUCGGGUUGGCUCUCCGCCCGUGAAUAUCUCAACAAUCUCUACUUCACGCGUCUUGCAAUCAAAAACACCAGCCCAAGUGCCAAAACUGUCUCUGACAAUGCAGAGCGCGCAUUCCGCACGCACUCACCAGCUCUUAGCCCCCAACCGGCUUCAGAAGACACAGUCGACAUCCAGCCCUUAUUCCAUCCAUUCCUUCGCCUACCUCAAGAACUUCAAGAAAUGAUCUUGAUGACUGCCGCGGGACUGUCCCGAAACUACGACCUUUCAUCUGCUGAAAUCAGCUACCGACUGCCAUCGAAACACGUUAAAUCACCCAUCAGUCUAUCGACCCUCCUUCGCAUUUCUCCCACUAUCACAAAUACAAUGCAGCCAUACAUUCUCCACCGGACAACUUUCCACUUUGGACUCACAGGAACCACAAACUUCUUGUGGCAAUUGGGACCAACCAAUCGCUCCAAUAUUCGGCGUCUCGCUUUUCACUUCGGACGCGGCGCACUCUUACAUUGCGUACGCUGGCUGGUACCAGAUCCAAUCUUCGACCUGCUGCAACCACCGGUGCGGAAGGACCUGGGUGGCCUUCCGUAUUUCUGGCGGUGUCAACUUCGCACUUUGGCAAAGGAAUUACAUCUCGCAGAGCUCAUUAUCGGUAUCCAAACUAUGCCUGAUGCCGACAUUGCUAUGGUAACGAGAAUAAUGAAGGAGUCGUUUGGAAGUGUUGAGAAAAUUUCUUUUGUCGAUGACUUCCUUGAUGGGACCACAAAGUUGCUUGAUAGUGCAGAUCCGCGACUGGAGGGUGUAGGAAAGGGAUCAUGGAGGGACAUGACUAGCGGGUAUGUGGAGAGAUAUAAGAGGCAGGUGGGAUGGCAUAACUAUCACUUUGGACUUGAGGUUGCGGGCAUGACAGAGGAGGAGUUGGAUAAGAAGAUGGAUGGGGAGUGUGAGUUUUUUGAUAGUUGA